UCGAUAGUUCCGCAGUCACACUGGUGCUUAGCACAAUUAAUUUUAAAAAUCAAGGAAUAGGCUCAAAAAAUAUGGUAAAAUCACCAUGGCUGCGAGAGAAGAACGAGUCUCAGUCCCCGUGCCAAAAAGAAAACCCAAUGGGCUUGAAGGAAAGAAACCAGGGAUCGCCGAGCGAGGGUUAUUUCGAUAUCACAGAACAGCAUGUGCAGAGGUAUAUCAAGACUGAGCCGCAUGACGAACAACAAUCCGUGGAUUUCGAACGGGAUCCUUUCGACUUGCUGGCUGAGCUACUCGAGGAAGAAAACGUGCCCGUGUACCUUGUUGAAAUGCCAUUAGAGGCGCCACCACCGCCGUCUAUCUCACUGCCCGAUGAUUGUUUUUUGUUUAAUAGACGUGCGAACGUGGGAAUUACCUCUCCCAUGGCCAGUUCUUCCGUCAGCAUCAGCGAACACCUGGCUCCGGAACCACCAAAUCAAAGCGAAACUGCCUUGGACACAAUGCAUGAAAUGCGCGUUCAAAGUAAAAAUCGAUCCCUUUCAAGGCGAUCCAGUUGUUCUCAGCAAAUAAAGAAAUCUAGGCGUAGACGUUCUCGGAGUGGGUCUGCCAAAGAGCGACAAUGCACUCCGACUGGGCCAGCACGCAGGAACAGAAACGAACGCAAAGGAGACAGGGCCACUUGCAGCCGUAAAGGGUCUUCCAAUAACAGUUCCUCGAUGGAAACUAAAAGAUGCAACAAAUCAAGAGCAAAGAGCAAGAGUACCUCAAUGAUAUCUAGCGACACCAAUAGGAAUAGAACACGCAGCCCAAAUAGAGCGUGCUCCAGCGAUCGUGUACAGUUUCGCAAGAACAUGUCAUACGAAAUGCGAUGUAAAUUCGAAGAGAAUGGAAAUGUAUUUCGCCGUGGACGUUCUAGAAGUAGUUUAUCGAACAGAAGAAACGGGCAUCGACACAGUUUGAGUCCCAUAAGAUCACCGUCCAGAAGCCGACGAGAGUUUCCCAGAUAUAUUCGUCGCUAUUCCCCGAAACGAAUGUCCCGGUGGCGAUUUCUUUCUCGUGAGCCAACCAAUAGCCCCUCAAGAAGUAGAUCACGGCAACGAUGUUCUCGACUGCGUCACAGAAGACACUCCAGAAGUAGAUCCCGACAGCAUUGUCGUUCCCGUGAGCAUGCUACUCGCCACUCGUGCAGUAGAUCCCGACAGCAUUGUCGUUCCUGUGAGCCAGCUAGUCGCCACUCGAGCAGUAGAUCUCGAAGGCAUUAUCGUUCCCGUGAACCAGUUACACUCCACUCGAGCCGUAGACCACGACAGCAAUGCUCGCGCGAACCACCCAAACGCCCCUCGAGAAGUCGAUCUCCUUCUGCUGUCAAUGAAACCAGGAUGACAGACACCCUUUCUCCUGUCUGCUCGGCCAUGCCCAAUGAGUACUUGCAAGCGAGCGGUUUUAUACAUCCAUCUCUGGGACAAGCCGCACCAAUGGCUCACAAGUCUCCAAGGCCGAUACUACCCAUAAUAACCUGUCGAUUCGGAAAUCCAGGACCACCGCAAAGACAUUUGCCGCAAAUGCCAGGUUCCGUAGCCAGCAACCAAAUGUGGUAUACACAAGAGCAUUAUACUCACUUUGAGUACAGCACCACGACUAUGCAAGAUGGUACGAGCUGGCAGGCACCUGUCUACAACUGUGCAGGUGCAACGCAUUCUACGUUGGGACCCCACGAUCUACGCCACCGCCUGGGCUCGACUCUCUCUUUGCCCUUGGGCCCACACGACCUUCGCCACCGCAUCCAGGGCCGCACAGAGUACAGUUCAUUUCCCACGGAGCAGGAACACAUGGCCCCCCCUUACAGUACAACUACGUUUGGCCAGACGGGCUAUCCGAGUCAAUAUUACACAAAUGGCUACUUAUUGUGAAUAUCAAAGAAUUCUGUAUAAUACUUAUUUUUAAUAGAUGGUCAAGA